AUGACUGAUGUCUCCACCGUUCCGCCAUUCGUAGUGUUCCAACGGCCCGUCUUCCGCUUCCGUGUGCCUGCGGCUGGUGGUUCGGGCGGUAACGGUGCGAUGGGCGUCACUCGUGUCUACAUUGACGAGGUGGCGAACGACGUCGUCGUCUUCUGCAUGGCUGGCCAGCAGGUGUGCUUCUACCAGCUUCGGCUGCGCGAGGGGAAAGAGGAAGAGGACGGGGCGACGCAGCCUGCCUCUGCAGCCGCUGCCGCGGACGACGGCGACGACGACGACGACGUGGCGUGGAUGCGCCACCAUCCCACGCUCCCCGCCGACGCCGUGGCACUGGCGGUGAAGCGCAGCGGGGGUGAUGAUGAGCCGCUCAGUAUUCGCUACGCGAAGCGCUGCCCCAUCCCGCUCCACAGCCGUAGCAGCAACAUGGCCACCCCCACGCAGGGCAGUGGCGGCAGCCGGGCGUACCUUGUGGCCCUCAGCGUCGACACGCGCAGUAUCCUUUUCGUCGUGUGUCGUGAUGGCACGGGAGCCUUGCCGCUGUGUGCCGUGGCAUCGUUUCAGUGCGCGCCAAGGAGCCUGCGCUUCCGCGACGACUUCUACCCCAUUCAAGCGUACUACUGGGCGGAGGAGCUACACGACGCCCACAACUCCUUCUGCCGUUCUGCAGGGCCGCAUGGAAGCCCCAUGGCGGCGCCACCACGGGAACAGCGGGAAUCGCAGGACGGCAGCUCCUCUCGAUUACCCCCCGUGAACUUUGUCUCGAGCGCCUCUUCCAGUUGUCGUCGGGUCCUUCUCUGCAUCACCACCAUCAGUCUCGACGUGGUGGGCGUGGAGGAGGCGCUGCUACCGUGCGGCACGGACGACACGCGAGGCCGGAAAGAACAGCUGUGCGUGCUGCUGCGGCGCUUCCCGACACACACGGACUACUGGCACUACUGCCCCCCCGCCAGGGCGUUUCUCUCCAUCAACCGAUUGAAGCCACAUGUUUUGAAAACGUUUGAGGUGGACGAGAAUGGACUGCGACCGUUGCCCGAAUUGCGUCUGCCGGAGGGAGAUGCUAGUUGUGGCGGAGACAGGGACCGGGACACUGUGGGGGAGGAGCAGCGUGAGACGGUGUCGCUCUUUGUCUCGCCUGCGUGCAUGGACAAGCCCCGCGUGCAGUACCCUGUUGGGCUGCUUGUUCUGUACCGUCAGCUCUUCCUUUGCAGCGUCUCGCAUCACGACGGCGGAGCGACGCUCUUUCGUUACCUAUCUGCCGGGAGCGGCAGCGAAGAAGGCUUUGUGCUGCAUGCGCUGCUGCGUGCAGAAUUCCCACUAAAUCCACGAAGGGAGCCCGUGGCUCUGCAGGUGGUUGACAAUCUCAUCAUCCUUCAUGCCUUGCGGCAUGGGUUUUCCUGCGCAUUUGACAUCGUCUCUGGCGGGGAGGAGCAAGGUUUACAGCGCAUGUUCGCAGGGGCAGCAUCGGAAGCCGUAACGACAGAGAUAGCAUCUUUUACUGUGACUACCACUACAACAGCGGCUGCCGCUUCUGCGACGAGGGGGUCACAGCACGGCACGGCUGCCGUUUCCUCUCAGAGCAUUGGGGGCGGCAACAGAGGCCUUUGCCGUAGACUCAGUGUGAAGGUUGAGAGGCCGGCGUCGUGGAUGACGCGACUCGCCAGUGAACUACGUGGCAGUGAUGGGCACAGCAGUGCCAGUGAUGGCUGCCGUUGUAGAAGCAGAAACAACGACUCCGGCCUCCCUCUCCGGAACCCACUGCUUAGCGCCACCCUCAUGCCACAUCCACCGCUUUAUACCAAUUCAUCUACGACAGUGCACAGUAAUGAGUUGUACUCGCAUGCCUUUGUUUAUGGCACGCUGCCGUUAUUGUUGGACCGCCAUCGUGGGUCUGUGCACCUGGUGGGCGUCAAUCCGUUUGCCUUUGCUGCCACCAUGCCACAUACCUUGCAGCGUGUACGCUUCUACUUGCGUCGACUGCACUGUGCGGGGGACGCGGUUCAGUCGCUGCUCCACACCAUGCUCAGCAGGCAGGAAUGUCUCAACUGCGUGGCCCAUGCCUUGGAGGCUAUCGCCACCCAUCACGCGACACAGCAGCUGCUGCAGACCGCUCAGGAGGACAACGAGAAGAAGAAGUCACGGACUUCGAGUUGGACACGUGAUCCUUCAUGCCUUGGUGUGGUUUCCGCCAACUUACCGCACGCGCGUGACGAUGCCUGUUUUCUGGGCUCCACUGCAGCAUUACGACAAUUUCUGCCAGCCGAGGACGCCGAGGGCCCACUGCCGCGUGCACCGCCAUGGCGCAGUUGGGGCGGCGUGACGCUACAGGAUGUUCUUGACACAUGCACAACCUUGUCGACGGGUGUUCGAGCCGCAAGCGGCGCAAAUGACUGUCCUGUUGUACCCGUCGCCGAUGUGAGUCUUGGACAACUCGUGAUGCAGCGUGCGGUGUUCGCCCCGUUGGUGGAGGUGGUGCUUGUGCCGCCUCCCACCGCAGCGGGCCACGGCGACGUUCGUGUGAAGCCCACUGGGGAAAAUGUGGAGCAAACCACCACAGCAACGACACUCUCAGCAGCCGCAGGCGACGAGGACGACGCGAGGGUCUCAAACGAAGGCUGCAGUUCGUUGGGUCGCGUGCACUUUGCACGAUACCUCUUUUACGCACUGUUUGAGUACGCAUCCUGCGUUAUGCGGACGGGGUCAGUUCUACUAGACGGCCUGCAGCGACUACUUCUACGUCUGCUGCAGGCUGCGGAGCUGGACUGCGGCCCGCUGCAUCAGCUGCUUGUCCCUGGCAUAAUCACGGAUCAUGUUCUCACGGCGAUGGUGCUGCUGUCGAUGGGCGGUGCGUAUCGGAAACUGGGCAUUGAUAUGUUGCUGAGGCUGCGGGAGGAUGCGCUAGUCGUUCAGGUGUUACUGACGGAGAGGCGGCCUCUAGACGCUGCGAGGUACAUCUACGCGAGUCAUCAACGCUCGCAGCCACUGGGUGAGCGACUCCUUAACCCGAGGAUGAUGAAUGAUGUCCUGCAGUGUGCCUUGGAGGCGGUGCUGGAUGAAGAGCGACAGCGUGAGGAGGACAGCGGCAGUGGCGGUAGCCGACGGAGAUCGGUUGAGUUUCUGACAGUGUUCGCAAUCUUCACAAACGCCCUCAUGCAGCAACCCCAAGCGGAGCGGAGUCUGCCACCAGACUAUCACGUCAUGCGAGCAAAAUACACGCAGCUGCUUGCAGAAGCACAAAGUGGCUGA